AUGUCGCCGGCCGCAACGGAUCCACUUGAAAAUUCAAGCGUGGGCAUGAGCAUCAGCCCGAUCCCAAUUUUAAGGAAAACACUCACCUCCGAAAGUGAGCCUUUAGCACGGCGAUUCCGUGCCUUAUUCUCCCUAAAACAUGUCGCCUGUCUCCAGCCGCCUACAGAACAGAGUUUACCUUCGAUCCAAGCGAUUGCCGCAGCAUUCUCAUCUCCAUCUGCUCUUUUAAAGCAUGAACUUGCUUACUGCUUGGGCCAGACUAAAAACUUAGCUGCAGUUCCCUAUCUCCGGGAGGUGUUGGAGAAUCGAGGAGAGGAUCCGAUGUGUCGGCAUGAGGCGGCGGAGGCGCUAGGGGCGCUGUGUGAUUCAGACAGCCUAGAUCUUCUACGGAAUUUGAGGGAUGAUGAAAACGAGCCUGAUGUUGUAAGGGAAACUUGCGACAUUGCUGUGGAGAGGAUUGAAUGGGAAAUGUCUGGUCGACGCAAAGCCGAGAAGCUUAAACAAAGUGAUUUUACAUCAAUUGACCCUGCCCCUCCACUGCCAAUGGCCACAGAUGAGCCAUCCAUCCCCGAUUUAGAACGUACCCUCCUCGACCCAAAACUUCCGCUUUUCCAAAGAUACCGUGCGAUGUUCGCUCUUCGAGAUCUUGCUUCACCUCCCGACCUUCCGACCGCUGUUCCAGCUGUAUGUGCUCUAGCAGAAGGGUUCAGAGACUCUUCGGCACUCUUUCGACAUGAGAUAGCAUUCGUUUUUGGCCAAUUGUCUCAUCCUGCUAGUAUUCCCAGCCUCACUGCCACACUCCACAAUAUGGAGGAAGCCAGUAUGGUGCGUCAUGAGGCUGCUGAAGCUCUUGGGAGUCUUGGAGAUGAAGAAGGAGUGGAGGAGACACUAAAGAAGUUUUUAGACGAUCCCGAACAAGUGGUGAGGGAUAGUGUUAUCGUUGCGCUUGAUAUGGCGGAAUUCGAGAAGAACGGAGAAAAGGAGUACGCGCUAAUUCCUGAAGCCGUGGCGGCGUAA